UCCAGAGUCUGGGAGUGUAAGAUGAGACGGGGGAAGGUGGGCCUCAUUCUGGCGGAGGGCAAGGAGGAACUUCCUGCUGGUGCGCUCCACCGUGCAGAGCCCUAAGCGCGCGGGCUGGCAGGCUGCGGCGCGUCAAGGUCAGCCUGGAGCUGGGUGGUGGCCUGCCUGGGGGCGGGGGACCCUACUGGGGGGCCGGGCUGAGGCCUCUCAGCGCCUCCGCCAUAUUGAAUAGCCUCGACUGGACCGUCUUUGUCUGCGAAGUCCUCUCCCAAGUUCCAACCGCGUCCCCGGGGCCUGGGGCAGGAAGAAUCGCUGGCAGCCCGCGCGCCCCAGCUUGGAGCUGGGACACCACGUUUCCAGCUUGGAGUGGGCCUUGAACCUUGGGACCGACCUCGCCCCCGGCUCACGUAGGCAUCCUGGAAAUUGAUUCUCCCAAGUCCUUGGUGGAGGAGCCGGACUUGGUCAAGACUGGACUUGUUGCAGGAGAAGAGAUUGGAGGCGUUGGCUUGUCCCUGGCUGGGGAGGUGAGACUCUGCGGUCAGCGUUGCUGGGACUCCCCCCAUCCAGUCCCUCCCUCAAGACUAAGGGCUACAGUAGUUUGUUGGGGCUCAUUGCUCCCUCACCCCAGAUACCACCCUGGAGAUCUUAAAGACUCUCGAGAAAAGCCACGUGGGGGGCUGGUUCCCCUGGGGCUUCCUCCCGUCCCCCGACUGCCUCAUUCUUUGGAGCGUCCCCGAUGUCUGCAAAGAUGUGGAUUUGGACGUCCUCGUGGAAGCCCUAAAACCCGUGGGAACAUUUAAGAAGAUCGGCAAGGUGUUCCGCAAGGAGGAGGACUCCACGGUGGGGAUGCUGCAGAUCGGGGAGGACGUCGACUAUUUGCUCAUCCCCCGGGAGGUCAGGCUGGCCGGGGGCGUCUGGAGAGUCAUCUCUAAGCCUGCCACCAAGGAAGCAGAAUUUCGGGAGCGGCUGACCCAGUUCCUGGAAGAAGAGGGCCGCACCCUGGAGGACGUGGCCCGCAUCAUCGAGAAGAGCACCCCGCACCCGCCCCAGCCCCCCAAAAAGCCCAAGGAGCCCCGAGUGAGGAGGAGAGUGCAGCAGAUGGUGACUCCUACGCCCCGGCUGGUCGUGGGCACGUAUGACAGCAGCAACGCCAGCGACAGCGAGUUCAGCGACUUCGAGACCUCCAGAGACAAGAGCCGCCAGGGCCCGCGGCGGGGCAAGAAGGUGCGCAAAAUGCCCGUCAGCUACCUGGGCAGCAAGUUCCUGGGAAGCGACGUGGAGAGCGAGGAUGAUGAGGAACUGGUGGAGGCGUUUCUCCGGCGACAGGAGAAGCAGCCCACCGCGCCGCCUGCCCGCCGCCGCGUCAACGUGCCAGUGCCCAUGUUUGAGGACAACCUGGGGCCUCAGCUGUCCAAGGCGGACAGGUGGCGGGAGUAUGUCAGCCAGGUGUCCUGGGGGAAGCUGAAGCGGAGGGUGAAGGGUUGGGCGCCGAGGGCGGGCCCCGGGGUGGGCGAGGCCCGGCUGGCCUCCAUCCCAGUGGAGAGCGCAGGGGUAUCCUCCGGCACCAGCCCCGGGGAUCCCGGGGAUCGUGUGGAAAACGUGGGAGAUGUCUGUGCCCCACAGGCCUCCCCUAGGCGAUGGAGGCCCAAGAUCAACUGGGCCUCGUUUAGGCGCCGCAGGAAGGAGCAGACAGCGCCCACAGGUCAGGGGGCAGACAUCGAGGCUGAUCAGCGGGGAGAGGCUGCAGAUAAUCAGAGGGAAGAGGCCAUAGCUGACCAGGGGGAAGAGGCUGCAGGUAAUCAGAGGGCAGGCGCCCCAGCAGACCAGGGGGCAGAGGCUGCAGAUAACCAUAGGGAAGAGGCUGCAGAUGAUCAGAGGGAAGAGGCCAUAGCUGACCAGAGGGAAGAGGCUGCAGGUAAUCAGAGGGCAGGGGCCCCAGCUGACCAGGGGGCAGAGGCUGCAGAUAACCAUAGGGAAGAGGCUACAGAUAAUCAGAGGGCAGAGGCCCCAGCUGACCAUAGGCCACAGGGUGCAGAUAACCUGAGGGAAGAGGCCCUAGCUGACCAGGGGUCAGAGGCUACAGAUCCUCAAAGGGAAGAGGCCAUACAUGACCAGAGGGAAAGGGCCCCAGCUGUCCAGGGUGCAGGUAAUCAGAGGGCACAGGCCCGGGCUGGCCAAAGGGCAGAGGCUGCACAUAAUCAGAGGGCAGGGGCCCCAGGUAUCCGGGAAGCUGAAGCCUCAGCUGCCCAAGGGGCCACAGGAACAGCUUCAGGAGCCAGGGCCCGGAAACAGGUCAAGACAGUGAGGUUCCAGACCCCUGGACGCUUUUCGUGGUUUCGCAAGCACCGGAGAGCCUUCUGGCACACUCCCCGGCUGCCAACCCUGCCCAAGAGAGUCCCCAGGGCAGGCGAGGCCAGGAGCCUCAGGGUGCUGAGGGCCGAGGCCAGAGCAGAAGCUGAACAGGGAGAGCGAGAAGACCAGCUGUGAGGCGAGGGCUAGAGACAGCCCACGGGCCCUCCCUACAAGCAUGGGAGAGAAAGUUGCUCUUUCUGCCUCUGAACUUAAAAGUGGAGUUGGAGUGCUGCCCACAUCUCCACCUUACAACCCUCUUUAUUCUCUUGUUAAAGUUUUGUCUCAUGCGUUGAUUUUUAAAAAAUUUUUUAGAGACAGGGUCUCACUGUGUUGCCCAGGCUGGAGUGCAGUGGCAUGAUCACUGCAGCCUCAAACUUCUGGCCUCAAGUGAUCCUCCUGCCUCGGCCUCCCAAAGUGCUGGGAUGACAGGUGUGAGCCACCACGCAUACCACCUGAUAAAAUAUAUAUAUAUAUAUAUACUGAUUGCUUGUAGCAACCCAAAAAAUGUAAAGAAAGAAUUCGAUACAAGGGGGUUCCGUCACCUAUAGUUUUAAUUUCCUCAAAUGCAACUCAAGGUGCUCAGCUUGAUAAAAGGAGAGCGGGAGGGCAGGGGAGAAAUUGCCUGCUUUUCCUGUCCCUUUUUUGCCUGCACACUUAACGUGGACUGCCUCCUUGGACUUAAAAAGAGGACUUGAGCCAACAUGCAAAUAAAAAAACAUUUAUGAACUGGUUUCUUAGCUUUGGACUUGGCAACUGAUGAAUGCUCUGGGGGUGACCCGGUCCUUCCUGUCCAUUCCACUCCCAUCCUUGAUGAUGGAGACACCUGUGUUUAUGUUGUCACUUCGCUUGCCAUCCUCAUGCCCCUGGACUCUGCUGCUUUGGAGGGGACAGGGCCCUUGGUUUGCAUACCUCUCCUGAUCUUGGUUGUAAGGUACAGUAAAAGCAUCUGAAAAAUGC